AUGAGCGAAAAUCGCCCAAAACCAAUCAAAGUGUUUGGUCGGAGUCACUAUGCUUGUACACGAUGCAAAAUAAGCAAGAUCAAAUGUUCCGGUGAACGUCCAGCAUGCUCCAAUUGCAAAACAGUGAACCGUGGGAGCGAAUGCAUCUACCCUACCAAGGAUCGUAAGGUUGUGGUGAUGGAAAGUGACUUGAAUCGACUUUAUGCUCGAGUCAACCAAGUUGAAAUGCUUCUCAAACAAGAUAAAAAAGCCACUUCCAGCAUAUCCAAUAGCAUUGAUGGUCUUAAGCAUUCCAGUGAAAGUGCCAUACAAAAGAGAGCACCGUUGACGGGGGUUCUGUCGUAUCAAGAGGCAAAUUCUUUCGGAGAAAAUUUCUUGAUUCCCGAUUACCAAAAUGAAAAAUUCCCUUCUGGUCAUUAUGACUACAUGCAAUAUCAAAUGCCUCCCCAACAGUACACUUUGAGCUUAAUUGAUACCGUAUACCGCACAUACUCAUCGGAAUUCUACUUAUUGGACUUACCAGUACUACUCAACAUUGUCGAUACCUGCUACCGAUUCUAUGCCGAUCUUGAAACCGCCCGCCGUCAAAACUCUCCAACGUUGCCUCAACCACCUUCCCAGGUUUCCUUGUGUUAUCUUUUCAUUAUCAUGGCUUUUGGUGAACAACUUCUCAACAUUGUUCGUCCUCCUACUAAUGUCCCUCCCAAUGACAUCGCUCACACCGUUCCAGGAAUGCGUAAUUAUUUAUUAGCAUCGUCGCUUUUUCCACUCAAUCACGAAAUAGUGGACUUGCAAUUCAUUCAAAGUGCAUUGCUCUUAGCACUCUACUUGGCAAAUUUGAAUCGGUACAAUACAGUCUAUAAUUAUUUUGCAGUUGCCGUUCGUUCAGCAAUUGCUAAUGGAUACCACAGACAACAGGAACGGCCAGCGGAAUUGGAUCCUGAAGAGUAUAAAGUUUAUAGAAUUCGUGAAGAAAAGACAAAGCUCUUGUGGUGGACUGUUUUUGUCAUCGAUGUGGGUUGGGCUGCCAAAAUGAAUAUGCCCGUACAUCUUGAUUAUACCGAUACCGAUGUCGACCUCCCUUGCGAAAACACUUUUGAUAUUGGUGAUCCAUUUGAUAGAGUGAUCCUUGAAAAUAACGUUCAUUUGGCCAAGUAUGUGGCGAAGUACAUUCGUCUCAUUUACGGGCCCAAUAUUCGAACUUUUUCCUUGAACUAUAUCAACACCGACAAAUUCAAUCAGAGUCUACUCAUCAAGAACAUUACGGGAUGUCUAAAUGAGCUUUUGACAAAUUUUGAAGAACUUAUUUUGGAACAGUACCGUAAUGCCAACUUGAUUCAAAAGGCUGGACGGGUGGUAGCCAAUUUAUUCUUGCGUUACCACCAGCUCUUGAUCUUGAUCACCAGACCAUUGCUUUCACUAGUGUUCAAUAGCCAGUCCUCAAGCAUAAUCGAGAACCCCAAGCAAGUUGAAACAGCCAUUUCCAAAGGCAUUGAAGCAGCCAGUGCUACCACCGAAUUGCUCUUGAGGUUGUACGAAUAUAACAGACUAUUUCUUCUGGGUUUCUUUGACAGUCAGCAUCUAUUUUCAGCGAUUCUUAUCCAUAUAAUGGCAGCAUUUACUGGACGUCGAUUUGAAUUACUUGAUGCUGGCAUAGCUUUGCUCAAGUUCAUGGCAUCUCAGGGUAAUGUGAACGCUCAGAAUUGCAUGAACAAACUUUUUGUUGUGAACCAAAUAUUGACAAAGAUUGACGAGGUGGACUUUGAACUCAAUUUAGAAGCUCAAAUCCAGGAUUAUGUGACCGUUAAGGAAAUCAACACCUUUUCCGAUUUACCCUAUUACAAUUCUUUCAGUUCAAGUGUUUCAAGAUGCUAUCAGAAAGAAGGUGGAAAAGGGUUCAUUGAGAUGAAUCUUUUUGAUGCUGAAGGAGAACUUGCUAAUCCGUCCAUGAAAAAUCUCAGCGAAAAUACCCAGGAACUCAUUUGCGACGUCAUAAGUAAGAUCCAAGCAUGGGACAACUUCAGAGGUCUUCCCAUCAGCAUAUACGGAACCGAAAGAACCAGAAAGUAUUUGAGAAAACAGUGA